AUGUUGUCCGCCUCUCCUCGACAGGAUCUUUCGAAUUUUUUUUUUUCUCACGAUAAUAUUUCAAAACCGGAGGGACCUCGAUGAAGACAAUCACGGGACGGACCGGACCCCAGGAUCCUUAAUGGUCCCGGAAAAGGCGGAAAAGCGAAACGAAGACAAGCCAUGGUGGACCUCGGUGGCUACGUCAUCAUCCUGGUGGAAACCAAGGACAAGAAAAUCAAACUCUACGGAUCGCCGGCCGACCGAGCGGACCUGGAGAUCGGAGACGAGAUCCUCGAGGUGAAUGGUCGCUCCCUCGAGAACUGCUCGCACACUGACGUCAUCUCCCACAUUCACCAGUGCAUUCGAUCUCGCACCAUUUGCUUGAGGGUGAAGAGGAAAAGCACCAAUCGCCUCGCUAUAGAUCUUGCCCAACACAGCAGCGUUCAAGAUGCUUUUGUCAUUGCUGUGGAACAGCAAGCUAGAGAGCGCUUGGAACGCCUCUCAGCCCUCAAAAAGAUCAAACCAGUUGAUAUGACAAAACUGUCUCAGCAGCUGAGUGGUGACAACCAAAUUGAGCAAGCUCCUUCUGACAAAGAAGACUUCAGUGGGUUCAUAGAAAACAACCCUGUGUAUAAUAUCUCCGUGCCAGAGCUUCAAAGUUCCCAAACUUCUCUGAAUAACAUAGGCAUCAAAUCUGAGCCAAAAUCUCGCAGUCCAGGUGAUAAUCGAAAGUCUGGUGUUGAUGUGGUGAAACAGGCCAAGGUCAUACCGUUGCACGAAACAAGUUAUGACGGGAAUCAGGUGACCGGUGAUACAUGUAGUGAUAACAAGCCUCUGGCUUCCCCAAGAGAAGGAACAGGAAGUGACUCUGUGUUGCCAGGCAACCGAGAAGUUCUCUUGCGAAAUAAAGAGCCAGGUACUGACUCAAGCUCUGUUGUGAAUCAAAGCAAAUCGUCUCAGGGUGCCGAGAAAUUCGGAAACGACCAAGACAGUGAGGAAGAUAUGCGUCAGAACGGUUCUGCCAACAAGGCCUAUGUGAGGAAAAGUGGUACUGGUGCAGAGCCACAGUAUUCCAAUGUGAUCAACAUGGUCGAAUUUGAUGGAACGGGAAGGGAGAUGGCUGUGGAUGUUCCAGAAGGAUUCAUGGCAAGGACAAAGACCCCUCCCAGAUAUCCCCCUCCAAAGACAAACCAACUGGGAAGUGCCAAAAGAAGAUCUGCUGGGUCAAACAGCACAUCCAUAGCUGUGACAGCACCUGUUGUUUCCAAUGGAAGCAUUCAAAAAGCAGCUCAGCCGCCUUCUGACCCUGUACCUGUCCAAAAUGAUUUGGAGCAACAAGAAAGGGUCCGCAAGUACCAAGAGGAGCUGGCACAGCGACGUGAACAGGAAGCUAGAAAGGCUGCUGAAGAGGAUUUCCUUCGCUCCUCCCUCAGAGGAUCUGAAAAGCUCCAGGCUCUGGAGCAGAAGCCCCAGCUCUCUCCUCAUCAUCUUAAUGAUUCAUCAGGACUGGUGAAUGAUGCCUAUGAUGAAGAGGAUCCUCUAAAGUCUGUGGUCCAAGAUCAGUUGAUGAAUCUCUGCAAUGGUCAAUUCACAGAACUCACUGAGUUGCUGGAUUGCACACAUCGACUACAGAAACAGCUGAAGGGUAUGGGUCAGUCUAUUGACCUGCUACCUGUGACAGAGCUUCUGACUGACCCCCUGUUCAGGAAGACUCUGGCAAUCUACAACUAUUUGUGUGGGAAACCACCUCCUUCUCCGUGCCAAGACAAUGUACAGUCCCUCGUCCAAGAGUGCAUUCUGAAGCUGAAAGAGAGCUCAUGUCCAGAGGCAAUGGAAUUGAUGGAACUACUGCAUAAAGAGAAUAUGAGGGGAAUACUUCAUGUUCAUGACCAGGUCGCAAUGACCCUUCCCCUGCCCGUGUCCCAAGACAGUGCCAUUUUGGAUCGUGCCGCCCAUUACACGGAUGGCAGUGUCAAAGUUGUCACCCUUGAGAAGACCUCAGAUCCUCUCGGAGCAACUGUGAGGAAUGAGGGAGAGGCAGUCGUGAUAGGAAGGAUUGUGAAGGGGGGGGCUGCAGCAAGGACUGGGCUUCUCCAUGAGGGAGAUGAGAUCCUUGAUGUGAAUGGGAUUUCCAUGAGAGGGAAGAAUGUCAAUGAUGUCUGUGAUAUACUGGCAGGGAUGACUGGGACCUUGGAAUUCAUCAUCUCUCCAGCACGUACCGAGCGAGCUCAGCCCCAACCAACUCCCACACCUGUUAUGCACGUAAAAGCGCACUUUGAUUAUGAUCCGGACGAUGAUCCCUAUAUCCCAUGCCGGGAACUGGGCCUGAAUAUUCGCAAGGGAGAGAUUUUGCAUGUGAUUGAUAGAGAGGACCCUCACUGGUGGCAGGCCUACCGUGAGGGUGAGGAAGAUAUGGCACUCGCAGGCCUCAUACCAUCCCAGUCCUUCCAAGAGCAGAGAGAAGCAAUCAAACAGAGCAUUGUGGAUGAUGGGAACAAUAUGCACAGCAAGCAUCGCAAGAGUGCCACCCUACUUUGUGCUCGUAAGAGUGGAAGCAAGAAGAGGAAAAGAAUGUAUAAUUCUGAGCUCAAUGAAGAUGCAGAAGCAGAAGAGAUCCUGACAUAUGAAGAGGUUGGGUUGUAUUAUCCCAGGGCAAACAGGAAGCGGCCCAUUGUACUGAUCGGACCUCCAAACAUUGGUCGUCAUGAACUGAGACAGAAACUCAUGGAGAGAGAUGUGGAACGAUUUGCUGCUGCCAUUCCUCAACCUACUUCAUAUUUCCCAACAGAUACAAGCAGGCCGAAGAAAGACACCGAAGUGGAUGGCCAGGACUACUACUUCAUCACAAGACCCCAGUUUGAGGCAGAUAUCUUAGCAAGGAAGUUUGUAGAGCAUGGGGAGUAUGAAAAGCAGUAUUAUGGGACCAGCCUUGAUGCAAUUCGCUCUGUGGUGAACAGUGGGAAAAUAUGUGUCCUUAACCUCCAUCCUCAGAGCCUCAAGAUCCUCAAAAAUUCCGAUCUGAAGCCCUUUGUCGUUUUUAUAGCCCCGCCAAACCUUGAGAUGUUGAAAAGAAAUAGACAGAAGAUGGGUCUAUCAGUCAAGGAUGAGGAACUGAAGUCACUGAUUGAGAAAGCCCGGGAUAUGGAGGCAAAGUAUGGCCAUUACCUGGAUUUGACCCUGGUGAAUGUGGACUUGGAGAGAACUUACCAGCAGUUGAUCCAUGAGAUCAACCUCCUUGAGCGGGAACCCCAGUGGGUCCCCGUCACGUGGCUCAAAAAUGAAAUCCCCACCAACCACUGAGAAAAUGGUGCUGCCAAUCAGAUCCUUUGUCUUAUUCUCCCCCUUCUUCUAUUCCUUUCCCAUCUUUUUCUAAUAUGCCUACUCAGACCGUAACCUGGAAGGAAGGCUCUUUUAUCAGAGAGAGAGAGAGAGUAGUUUAUUUCCAUUGUUGUUAUGACCACGAUCAGAGUCUAUUCUCUGUGCUUUAGAAGAGCUCCCUACAAUCAAAGUGAGACGAUGAGAUUGUUGUUGCCUCUUGUGUCCCACAUCCACUGCUGGGAAGUGCAUACAAGUAGAAAGAAUGGUUGUGUUUGUGUCAUUUUUUUCUCUUCUGUUGUCUGGUUUCAAUGUUUCUGCCCAGGGGAUUCCUGGUCUUUCUUGGUUAAUUUUCCCUCUAUGACAAUGUUUCCUAUGCUGAGCGAUUUAAAUAUGGGACUUUUAUGUCGAGGAACUACGUAUGUACGUAUGUUUUUUUUUUGACCUUCCAAUAAAGAGUUGGUCACUUUAUACAUCUA